CUCGUAGGCAACGCCUGUGUAAAGGCUUCCCAUUCCUGAUGCAUGAUAUAUUUUCGCCAUAGAGAAAAUAUUUUCACUAUGUUCCUGUAAAAGAUGGCUGCUUCCAGUAGGUACAUCAAUAAUACUAGGCUGUGUGUUUAGUCUAAUGAUCGAAUCCUUUUUUUCUUUUUAGAUAUAUAAGCUACGACUAUGUAUUCUUUGCUGUAUCGGAAGGAGAAUGCUCACGAUGAUAGCAUUUGGAGCUGUGCUUGGGGACGUUUUAAGAAAAAAGAAGAUGAAAAUGACGAUGAUGCUUCCAGGGACUCCACAAACUCUGAAGACACGAUCGACUACAUUGUGACAGGUGCAGUGGAUGACUUGGUGAAGGUUUGGUCAUUCAAGAACAAUAAGAUUGAGCUGAAGCAUAAGUUGGAAGGCCAUUCGCUGGGGGUGGUGUCUGUUGCCAUUAACUCCGAUGGAACAAUGUGUGCGUCCAGCUCCCUGGACUCCAGCCUGAGGCUGUGGGACCUGGCGACCGGGGAGAAGGCGGGCAGCAUCGAGGUGGGGCCGGUCGACCUCUGGACCGUGGCCUUCUCCCCCGACGACAAGUUCCUCAUCUCGGGCAGCCACUCGGGCAAGAUCAACCUGUACGGCGUGGAGUCGAGCAAGCAGGAGCAGACGCUGGACACCAGGGGGAAAUUCACGCUGAGCAUCGCAUACAGCCCAGAUGGGAAAUACAUUGCAAGUGGAGCUAUUGAUGGUAUCAUCAAUAUUUUUGAUGUAGCAUCUGGCAAACUUGUCCAUACGUUAGAAGGCCACGCCAUGCCCAUUCGUUCGCUGUGUUUCUCUCCCGAUUCGCAGUUGCUGCUGACUGCGUCAGACGACGGCCAUAUGAAACUCUAUGAUGUGCAGCACGCGAACGUCGCGGGCACGCUCUCGGGCCACGCGUCCUGGGUCCUGAGCGUGGCGUUCUCGCCCGACGGCAAGCACUUCGUGUCCAGCAGCUCGGACCACACGGUGCGGGUCUGGGAGCUGGCCAAGCGCCAGUGCAUCCACACGUUCGGCGAGCACGUGGAUCAGGUGUGGGGUGUGAAGUACAAUCCUGACAGCAACAAGAUUUUAUCAGUGAGUGAAGAUAGAUCAAUUAAUAUAUAUGACUGCCCUGUUGACUGAAACUGUUGUGUUUAUGUAUUCUUUGCUUGUUUUGUAUGAAAUUAAAUCCUCUUUUUUAUUGUACUAACAGAUUGUGUAAUGCUAUAUUUUAAAUUAUAAAGCUGUGUCUGAAAUAUAUGACUGAAUAUUGAUUGAAAUUUAAACAUUAUAGUUUUGUGAUUUUACUAUUUAAUGUGUGUUGUCUAACUAAAGGAAGAUGUAGGAAGAGAUAAAGUUAUAUUUAAAAUCCAUAAAUAAAAUACAAUUUUUUUCACAAA